ACAUAAAAUAAUACUUUAGAUUCUUCUUUCUUACACUUUACUUCUGUCAUGCUUUUGAUUCUCUCUGGAAACAAACACAUCUUAUCAUUCUCCAUUAUUUUCCAGAUCCAGAUUGCAACACCAACGAUUGUAAAAGAUGGAGUCAUCGUCGACGAGUCAACCUGAGUUUGACUACUUGUUUAAGUUGUUACUGAUAGGGGAUUCGGGUGUGGGGAAGAGUACUCUGCUCUUGAGCUUCACUUCCGAUAACUUUGAGGAACUCAAUCCCACCAUUGGUGUGGAUUUUAAGGUGAAGCACGUUACUGUUGGAGAGAAAAAGCUGAAGCUUGCCAUUUGGGACACUGCUGGACAAGAAAGAUUUAGAACACUAACUAGUUCAUACUACAGAGGAGCUCAAGGGAUAAUCAUGGUGUAUGAUGUGACACGUAGAGACACAUUUACGAAUCUAUCUGACAUAUGGGCUAAAGAAAUCGAUCUGUACUCAACAAAUCAGGACUGCAUCAAGAUGCUUGUUGGAAAUAAAGUCGAUAAGGAAAGUGAGAGAGUGGUAAGCAAAAAAGAGGGCAUUGACUUUGCUCAGAAAUACGGAUGCCUUUUCCUCGAGUGCAGUGCGAAGACACGAGUCAAUGUGGAACAAUGCUUUGAGGAGCUUGUCUUAAAGAUAUUGGAUACACCAAGUCUCGUGGCCGAGGGAUCAUCUGGAGUGAAAAAGAACAUCUUCAAACAAAAUCCUUCGGAAACUGGCACUGCAACCAGUGGCUGUUGCUCAUGGUGAUUUAUCGUUGAACAGUUGGGUUCUCUAUGGGUUGGCGUUUAAUUUUCUUUAACAGCUUUACACCUGUUUACUUCAGCUUGUUCAUGUUCUGCAUUCGACAAUGUCAUGUACAUUAAACCUGAAUUUCCAGUAUUAAAUAAGAUCAUGUUGUUGCUGAAAAACCUAAAGCAUCCUUUUAUGUCCA